ACAAUGAUGGCGACAUGAGAACCAGGAAGUAAAUGCAUUUCACAAUUUCACUUCCUAAAUUUUAUUGUUUAGCCAAAUCAUGAUGGAAAAUGAUACAGAUGACGACCAGUUCGACUCAAUUUAUGCAAACGAAGAAACAACAGAGUUGAUCAAUGUAAAGGAAAGGUUGCAGAGCUAUAGUUUGGAAGAAUUACUGAAAGAAGAUCGUGAAAAAGUUAAAGAGAAGGAAAAGGAAAAACAGUACUAUCAUGGGCGGAUCACCAGGGAUGUUGCGGAAGAUAUUCUGAAGAAAGAAUUGGGGAAAGUUGGUAACAAGGAUGGCCUGUUCCUUGUGCGAGAGAGCUCUUUCUCUUGUUCCAGUUUUGUACUGUCCCUCUACAGCAAAGGAGUGUUCUACCACUUCCAGAUUAACAUGGUGAAACCCUGCCACUUCAGUAUAGAUGAAGGGCCAACGAUACAUGGCCUGGAUCGCUUGAUACAAAACUAUCAUGAGCAUGCUCAAGGUCUGCCUACACAUCUGACAGUAUUUUCAAAGUGUAAAACUCCACCAGACGACCAGCGACACAGCGGUGCUACAAACCUUCUUCAUAGGGCUGUCUUGGAAAAUAUUCCAGACAUAGUGGAAAAAAUUGUAAAAAGCAAGUUCUGCCCACCAGUGAAUGCAAAAUCAGACUGGGGAACGACUGCUCUUCAUGAUGCUUGUUACUAUGGUUUUGAGGACUGCGCAGAUAUUGUUGUGAGGAACGGUGCGGACGUCAAUGCCCUGGACAAAGAUGGACAGACGGCCUUGCAUAAAUGUUGUAAAGGCAACAAGGCUGGUAUCAUAUCCAUACUGAUCAAUGAGGGGCAGGCAGAUGUAAACAUGAGGAACCCAAAGAGCGGAUGGACCCCCAUGCAUCAAGCAGCUUACAAGGGUCAUCUCGAGUGUAUAAAGAUAUUACUGGACUUUCAUUCACCAUACUUCGCAAGGGCUGACGAUGGGGUCACACCUCUCGAUUUGACGGAAAACUACGAACACAAACAUUGUUUCGACGAAUUAGACAAAUUUGAACCCUCAAAUAUAGUCACACACAAGAAAGAUUGGUUCCAUCCAGAGAUUGACAGAGUGGGUGCACAGAAGAUUUUGGAACUGAAGGGUUUGCGAGAGGGCCUGUUUCUCGUGCGGAGCAGCAAAAAGAACCCAGACUGGCAGGUGCUAACACUUUGUCAUGAGCAGAAAGUCUUCAACUACCAAAUCAAAACAAAGCACUACAGGGACAGGUUGGUGUACUACAUCGACGACGGACCAUACUAUAAGCAAUUAGAUCAUGUGAUCCAGUAUUACAGUUACCAUGCCAACGGCCUGCCAUGUGUCUUGCGUCUCUCAGUAAAUCCUGCCAUGGAGUUAAUACAGAUAUCCAAAGAUGACGAGUACUUCAACCUUCAGGAAUCAAACCACCAACAGUUUCCUAUGCUCAGUACCCCAGCCUUGCCACCGCGCCCUGAUGACAUGACGCCUCGCCCACCCAGUGCUGGUGAUGCCGAGUACAGCCAAUCAGUGAAGAGGACCUCACAGCAGCAGGCCAGAACCCCGCCAACUUCUCCAAAGUUGAAGACUCCUCCCCCACCACCUAACCAUCCCCCUCCCCAGCCUCCUGCUGCCAGUAGACUCUCAGUGGUAGAAUUGAAACGCAUUGAUUUUAAAAGCCUAAAAAGAGGCAAAGAGAUUGGUCAGGGAGAGUUUGGUUCUGUUGAGAAAGGUGUCUACACUUACAAGAAUGACAAGGGGAAGAAGGAGAAAACUGAAGUAGCAAUAAAGGUGUUUCACAAGACAUCUAUAAACAACCAGGAAGAUUUCUUGAAGGAGGCUCGCACCAUGCAGCAGUUGAAGCAUGAAUGUAUCGUUAAUUUUAUCGGCAUCUCUGAGACUGACAACCAUGAACUUCUACUGGUUGAGGAGUUUAUUGAGAAGGGUUCCAUGUUGGACUAUCUGCUGGACCACCAUGACAAGAUCAACAAGGACAACUUGUACCUAUGGGCGGCCCAGAUCGCACUUGGCAUGACAUACCUGGAACAACAGAAAAUGGUGCACCGCGACCUGGCCGCCAGGAAUAUUCUACUGCAGAAUGAGAAAAGGGCAAAGAUAAGUGACUUUGGGCUGUCACGGGCUGUUGGUUCAAACAGUGACUAUUACAAGGCCACCACUGGGGGUCGCUGGCCAAUCAAGUGGUAUGCGCCAGAGUGUGUUAACUACGGGCACUUCUCCCAUGCAAGCGAUGUCUGGAGUUUUGGAAUCACGCUCUGGGAAAUGUUUUCAUUUGGAGAGUCACCGUAUGGGGAUAUGAAAGGCAUAGAGGUGAUUCAGUUCAUUGAAGAGGGAAAAAGGUUAGACAAGCCCGAAAAGUGUCCAGUUGUGGCAUACCAGCAGAUGUUACAAUGUUGGGAAAAGGAACCUAAGAAGAGACCGUCGUUUAAGAUGCUGAACUCUCAUUUUACAGAAGAAAGUGAAUAUGCAUGUGUUCGAGACAUAAUGAAGUCAUAUAGAUGAACAUAACAUUGGCAGAUUUAUUCUGUGGAGUGGCAGAUAAACCAUUUUAAACAUGGAAGAUAAACCAUUUUAAGCCAAACACUAUGGAAUGCAAAUUUUAACCUGUUUAUCAGGGGAGUUAAUUGCAAUAAGUAUAUACGCAUUUACAUUAAAAACAUUAGUUGUAGAGUGAAUUGCCAAAAAUGUGAAGUUCAGAGGGCAAAAUGGGGACCCCAUAGCCGAUGUGUAGCAUUAAAAUUGACCAAGCUGGUUGAACCAUGUAUGAUUAUCUAAUGCUGCCAUUAUAGACGGUAGUUUUUAUUUUUAUACUCCAGUACGCAUGUCCUGAAUGUAUGACUUACUUUUUGCAAAAUGUACAUAUAUAAUAUUACGUUUUUUACAGCUUUAUGAACUUAUGAAUAGUUGAAUUAUUGUUAUUAAUCAGAGAAAACUAUGGUUUAAUGGUAUUUGCCGCCAGAAGCCAUCAUUGUGAUGCUUAUAUUGCAAAAAUUUAUAAUGAGAGCUGAUUAAGUUGAGGAUUUAUCUGAAAUAAGGGUUUGGAGCAGUCAAUUUCAGACUGGUGUGCAGUUGUUAUGUUAGUGUUUUACUGGGCAUUUGCAUGAAAAAUGGUAAUAAGUACCUUGAAAUGGAUCUAAAAGCUUUGGAACAUUUGUACAGGUUUCAGGGUGCCUUGACUCUGCUUCAGGCCUGAAUUCUUCAUACUCAAACUCAAUUUUAAGAAUUGCAAUACAAUCGACCCCCGUUGACUAACUCCCAGGGACCAACGAAAAUACCUCGAGCCUCAGAAAAUUCAAGAUAAGCUUACUUCAAGUUUAUCAAAAUCAGUACUUGACAUUGAGAUCGAGCCAAAGAGAAAUUCGAGCCAAGCAAGUUUGUGCCAACCGGGUUCCACUGUAUUUAUAGUCUUUUAUCAUCCUUGAUGCAUUUAUAUAAUUCUAUAUAUAUAUAUUAUAGUGCUAUGAAAUGGCCAUGUCUCUGAUUCAGUGUGAACUGUUAAAUGAAUGGCCUCGAAGACAUUUACUUGUCACUUGAUAACCCUGGACACAAAGCAAUACAAUUGGACUAGGUAUUUUAUUUAUUUAUGGUGGUUGUCACCCGAUUGAAAGGGAUAUUUUGAUGCUGUUUCGAGGAAAGAGAACAUGGUGAAGCUGUAUCUCAUGCAACAUUGAAUCAUGUCCAAAUAUUUGAAGCCCUCGUUGUUGUUGAUUUAAAUAGUUCAGAUAUAUUUAUAGUUACACCAUAUUGCCAAUGACUUUUAAACCACUUAGUAUACAAGAGCUUGAUAAAAUUUCUCUUCAUAUCCGCUGGUGCUAUACUGUCUAUGAAGAAAGAGAAAUGAAGGCAUUGUAUAUGCAUGAUGUAGUAAAUAGGUUAACCUGUAAAUUUGUUAUCGUUCAUAUUUUGAAUGUUAAGGAACAAAGCCCCGUGCUUGCCACGCUCGCUUGUGUUAUAUUCCAUUAGAAUUCUUAUGGUAAAUGUGAGAUACAUCAAGAUAUACAACGAUGCCAUCAGUUUGUUAGUGUUUUAAUAUAGUUUAUAUUAUAGCUUUAAGUAAUAAUUUCCAUAAAAAAAAUCUUUUUACAAAAUUCAUGAUAAUUAUGUCCAAAGAUGUUAUGUUCACGAAAUAAGUUAUAUAACGAUAAUUGCAUUUCCAGUCGCUAAUAUAUAUAUAUAUCAUAGAACGCAACUGGAAGAACGUCACUUUCAGUUACGCUUGUGGGUUUGUACAUAAAAAAACAGCACUUUCUUCUAGUGUAUGUCACUUUUUAUAGAUUGUCACGUGACGUCAUCUCGACCAAUAAAAAGGACUGAAAUAUACCAAUCAUAUAUUUAUAUCAUAACAUAAUGUUUACUGUAAAACACUAUUGUGCUUAUUAAAACUGUUUAUAUCUAUGAAGUACUUUUGAGUUAUAUGAUAUUGUGCAAUUUCUAACCACCAAUGAUUCUACAGUCAGUUUGUAAGAUACAAAACUAAGUAAAUAUUUUGGUAUUGUGAAACAAUUGAUGGAAUGAGUUUUGGUGCAUCAAGUUUAUUUGAUCUUAAAUAUUUUGUUUUUGUUCUUUCAACUCAACUGGCCAAAUGCCAGAAGAGCUUAUGCCAUGGUGUAGUGUCCGUCGUCCCGUCGUCCGUCCGUGCAUGCAUAAAUCUGUAAGCAAUUGCUUGUGAACGUGAUUAAGUAUCCAGUUUUGAUAUUUUGACAGCACAGCAUCUUUUUCAAACUUAUACAAUAGCAAGAUAUCCAUACCCAUACAUGAAUGCUCUGGAUUGAAAAUGACAGAAGAGUCAUGCCAGUAGAGCAUUGGCUCUCAUGGACCUCUUGUUUAUCUUUUAUUUACACGGUAAAGCUAGUAUUAGUAUACGGUUUAUGUAUGUGUUAAUCAAAAUUGAGAUAUUUGCUUUUAAUUGUAGCACGGACCUAUAAAGUCCGUGGUUGAUAUUUUUUAUCAAAUCUGUGGUGCUCUUAUUAUGGCGAAGGAAACUGGAGUCAUCUCAUUAACGAUCGAAGUACAAAACAUCUGAGUUCAAUGAUUAUUAGAGUGACACAAUUUUAAAUUGAAAAUAUUAAGGUGAAGAAUAAAGUUGUUAUUUUUUGUUGUUGUUUUUUAAAAAGCUAGUAUACCUAAUCAGAUAUAUUACUUCGAAAAAAAAAACGAUCACAUAAUAUUUGCAUUGAUAAGAUUGCCUUAACCCGAAAUUUUGUUGAAAAAAAGAAAACAACAAAAGAAUAUUUUAGUAUUUUUCUACUGGUUUAUUAUUUAACUCUGAUGAAUUUUCAUCAUUUACCUUUCUAUAUUUAAAGAUAUUAAUUUGGAAAUAAAAAUAUAAUCAUAGUCAUAAUAUUUCAAAUGAUGAAAAAUUUAUGAGCAUUAAAGCGAUCACUUCUCCUUAAUUGUACUUAAUGUAAAAUGUUCUUCUGAAAGUCAUGAAAGUUGGACAUGAAUGGAAACCAAUUACCAUAUUAACCAAUACAGUUUUUUUCAUAAUUGAUUUCAGUGAUCUUAACUUUUCUAUUAACUAUUACAAAUAAUAAAAACAUAAAAAGUGA